AUGGCUUUUUACGAAGACCUUAAAGCCUCUCUACCUUGCGUUACCCAAUCUAGUUCACUUAAUUGGGUUGAUUGUCAGUCAACCGACACUUAUCCCACUGAUAUUUACCGUGAUGAUAUAACAUUUUCAAAUUUAUUCUCAGAAGAUAUUCUAGUUCAUUCAUCGAAUACAGUCCAUCCAAUUAUAUCUUCUUCUUCUGCCGUUGCUGCUGACGACGACGACGACGUCGAUGAUGAUGAUAAUGGUGAUGCGAAUAUGUUAUGUACACUUCAGUAUGGAACUGGUAAUAAUCCGUCAGUGUAUACAACAUCUUCAGAAUGUGAUCAUUAUAAAAAAUGUCGAUCAUAUUCAGAAUAUGAUUUAUUCCCAAUUAAAUCACGUCAUUAUGAUGAUGAAGAUUAUAAAAGUCAUCGUCAUUCAUUGUAUCCAAGUAAGCGUCAGCCAGGCAAACAUUUAAUAUCCCGUAAAGGUCGUCGUUUUAAAGAACAACUUUUAACCACACGUGAAACAGAUAAAACAAAUAAUAAUAAUAAUAAAAAUAAUAAUUUUUCAUCAAGUAAUAAUUUAUUUAACCCUUUGCCCUGUGAAAAUUCAACAGAUCCCUUAUCCUCCAUACCUAUUGAAAUUGAUGAACAAAAUACACAACCAUUUAUUACAAAUUUAAUUUCCAGUGAUUAUUCACAUCCAAAGGAUGAAAUGAGUAUACCACCAAUAACAAGCGAACAGUUUGCGACAGCAACAACAACAAGAACAACAACUAUUAUACAUAAUGAUGAAGAUAAGUAUUCCAUAAUCUCUGUAAUGAAUAGUUAUCAAUUGGAUCCAGCUAGUCCAUCACUAGCUGAUAAAGCAUGUACUCUAUCUCAGUUGGCUAAAAGUCGUCGUUAUAUCAUUGAUUCAUGGUGUAUUCUACCCGUGAGUAAUCAGAAAAUUCAUUCAAAUAUCUUUUUAUCAAAUGAUACAAUACUGGGCAAACAUUCAUCUUCGUCUGCUUCGCCUUCCUCCUAUUCCUCCUGGUCCGCCUCCUCUUCCUCCUCCUCCUCCUCGUCAUCACCAUCGCCAUCAUCGUUAAUCUCAUCUCUGUCUGCAUUGAAUGUAAACUGUGAUUCUUCAAUCUACAGAAGUUCUUUAGACUUGUUGAAAUCAUCCAGUUCUUCUUAUAUUCAUUAUCGUGAUCAUCCAAUGAGUUCUCUGGAUCAUAUUAGAAAAAUUCGAAGAAGAAGUAAACGUCGUAUUCGCCCACUCAGUUCAUUUUUCCAGCCAAGUUUAACUAAAGUUAGUGAAGAAGGCUCAUCUAUAUCGUCUACAGAUAGUGGAUCAGAUUCACUUCCCUCGGAUACACAACACCCCAUCAAAGACAAUAAUAAUAAUAGUAGUAAAGAUUUCAAAGAAUUACAAGAUUUAUUCCCUUCUUUAUCAGUUUCAAUCUACGAUUAUAAAAGGCGUCAUGAAUCCCCUCCAGACCGUCAGUCAAAGUCAUCUAACAUGGCUUUUGAGAUAUCACCGUCUCAAAACUUGCUGUCUUCACUGGAAACAUCAAAAGUCAAUGAUAAUCACCAUUGUGGUGACACUGGUGAUUCAAUCUCAAAUCAACAGUAUGAUGAAGAGUUAAUCAAAUCCCUGGAAGUGACAACUCAUAAUUUGAAUGCAAAUAAUUACUACGAGAAUAAUAAUGAUGAGAAUAAUCGUGAUGUAACGGAUGGUACUACCGCAGGUGAUCACGUCAUAAGCAAUAAGUGUGAUAAUGAUGCGACUGAAGGUGACAAAAGUAGUCGUGCGCUGUUUCCCAGGAUAUAG